CUUUGUGCAUGAGUUUCUAAUACACUCACUAUCAACGAUUGAGCCAACAAUGCCGACGGGGGAACUCCGCUACGCGCCGCCGCAGCCACCGCCGGCGAACUCGACGGUCGGGUACGAAGACGAGGCGUGGGUGUGGGCGCAGAUAAAGGCCGAGGCACGGCGCGACGCGGAGUCGGAACCGGCACUUGCCAGUUACCUGUACUCGACGAUUCUCUCACACUCCUCUCUGGAACGUUCCCUGUCCUUUCACCUCGGCAACAAGCUCUGUUCCUCCACUCUCCUUUCCACCCUCCUCUACGACCUCUUCCUCAACGCCUUCUCCUCCGACUCCUCACUCCGCUCCGCUGCCGUCGCCGACCUCCGCGCCGCCCGUGAACGUGAUCCUGCCUGUGUCUCCUACUCUCACUGCCUCCUCAAUUACAAGGGAUUCCUUGCCUGCCAGGCGCACCGUGUGGCGCACCUGUUGUGGCAGCAAUCGCGGCGACCGUUGGCAUUGGCACUGCACUCGCGCAUCGCCGAUGUCUUCGCGGUGGACAUUCACCCGGCAGCGAGGAUCGGAAAGGGGAUUCUGUUCGACCAUGCCACCGGGGUGGUGGUGGGGGAGACGGCAGUGAUAGGAAACAACGUGUCAAUCUUGCACCAUGUCACACUUGGUGGAACCGGCAAAGUUGGUGGGGACCGCCACCCCAAGAUUGGGGAUGGGGUGCUCAUUGGUGCUGGUGCUACCAUUCUGGGGAAUGUUAAGAUUGGGGAAGGUGCAAAGAUCGGUGCUGGAUCGGUGGUUUUGAUCGAUGUGCCGCCACGGACUACUGCAGUUGGGAACCCGGCGAGAUUGGUGGGUGGGAAGGAGAAGCCUUCUAAACAUGAGGAUGUGCCUGGGGAGUCUAUGGAUCAUACCUCCUUCAUAUCUGAGUGGUCAGAUUAUAUCAUCUGAAUUUUAAAGAUGACUGAGUGGAUAUUUCAAAUCAAUCGCUUGCUGUUGGAGUUGCAUGGAUUUAGAAGCUAAUUUGAUUUGAUAUUUCACUCCUAUGUUAUUUGCUGUCAAAAGUUUUGUAAUUAUAUGUUUGUAUUCCCAUUUUGCAGUGACUAGUCUCUGUUUAAAGCCACAGGGAAAGUUCUAGUUACUACUCACUACUAUACUGUAUUAUGAGUGGAAAUUGCGGCAGCAUGCAGUGUAAUAAGAUAUGGUGCAGAUUACAUAAGAAGAUAAACUGGUUUCCAAAUAUUGCGUUGGCAUGUCCAUGUUGGAUUUUGUUGUCGUCUUGGUAUCCAUAGCACUUUACCAUCAGGAGUAAAAUUAGAAGAGAAAAAGAAAGUGAAAAUAAAUAAAAAGAAAAGGAAAGGCUGAUAUCACAAAUGAAAAGAAGACCUACUAUCUUGAUGUGAUUCGGAAAGAGUCUGCAGAAUUGUUUGCUUUUAACGUUCCAAUCCAAGAUUAGGAAGGAUUGAUGCAAUCUACGGGGAAGUUGAUGAAGUGAUUUGAUUUGAAAUUUUAUGGUGGUAUUUGUGCAAUAUAGUUAUUAUUACUUGCUAUUACUGUAGUUUCACCGCAGAGGAUACUGUCACGAAUUUCUCUAGACAAAUGUCUUCACGGUUAACUUACACAUGCUCUCUCUCUUUGCCUUUCUCUAGCUUGGACGUAAAGGCUGUUUUGGUUUGGUAAUCAAUAGAACAAGGUUGGUCUCUCAGUAAUUUC